AGACUUGCUGAGUGAACACGUCAAUAACAUCGUACGGUAACUUUCCAAAGUCACUCUCGGGGGCUUUCUGGAUUUUUGAACGUGUUUUUCAAACACUAGGUAAAAAUGAAGAGCUUCUUGGUGCUCUUGGGACUCUUCUUUACAGUCCAUGCUAAUACAAUUACAAAACGACAAAAUGCACCAACAUAUAUCCCUCGAGGAGGAUCUUUGCCACAAGAUAAAAGAAAUGUCCUCACUUUGGAAUUCAACGAUACUGCUGGCAACACAGUAUCAGACUCAUCGGGAUAUAAAAAUAACGGCUACCUAAUGGCAGGCGCCAUUUUGGUAAACUUCAAGAACGGUAAAUGUGGUAAUGCCGCAUAUACUUACUGUGGAGAUAUCCUGUUUCACGGGGAUACAUUUCAAGGCAAGCCCUAUGAAGGAGUGACUAUCUGUGCAUGGAUUAACUUGAAGAGCGUAGAGGGUAGUCAUUCCAUUUUUGACACCAUUGGUAUGACCCACUCUUGUGGACAAUACCACUUUGAGGUGAUCAAUGGAAUGGUCAGAUGGUUUCAUCGUAAUGAAAGCCAAGUCACCAUCUUUUCAAACACUGCUGAAGGACUAAUGGUCAAACCAGAUACAUGGACUCAUGUUUGUGGUACAUAUGAUUCCGCCUCUGGAAAGUCCAAGAUUUACAUCAAUGGUAUGCUUCGUAACAUGACCAUUGGAAGUGGUUAUCUAUCACGUGACUGGGUAGCAAGAGCCGGUAUUGGUGACCACAAGGCAGCAAGACCUCUUAUGGGAUUCAUCGAUGAAUUCAAAAUUUAUAACUAUGCUUUGGAAAGAAAAGAAAUUGUUGCACUUGUUAACAAAUGUGSCUUUUUACCAAAACCAAUCUCUGACGAGCCAAGCAUUGCAUCACCCAAGCCAUUCCUUUUCGAUUUGACCCAGCCACAAACACCAGACAACGGCGUUCCCAUUGAUGCUGCAGCAAGAGCAGAUGAUUACCUUCCAUUGAAGAAACCUGCACCAAAACCACACGCUAAUAUGGASUCUAUMGAAGAGGCUGUCCUCAAGAGAUCUAAAGUCCACCACUAGAUCUUCCAAAACAAUCUAGCUYGUUCUAGAACAUUCUAUGAAUUGAAGGCCAUUCUUAACUUAAGAAUUUAAUUGUUCUAGAAUGUUAAGAUCUUCCAGAACGCUCCAUCUGUUAAGAUCGUUCUUAUAUUUAGAAUCUAAGUCGCAAUGUAGAUUAUUCUAGAACGUUCCAUCUCUUCUGACCAUUCUUAAAUUAAGAAUUGAAGUCUAAAGCUUUUUGUAUGCGAGCAGAAAGGCGUGUUUUAAUACCAUUGUAUCAAUGGGUGCUGUCGCCUUAAGUCACAAAUGUUGUAAAUGUUCAUAUCGAUGUGAUCUUCGGAUUAUUUGUAAAUCUGUAUUUUCUCAAAAUCCGAGGAAUCCCCAAUACGAAAUAGAACUAGAGGUCUUCUUACAAAAAAUAUGUACAGAUUAAAAUGCGUAGAUCACGAGUAAUUUACGAGACAUUAUCGAUUAGAUCAAUCAUUUAUUGAUUGCUUCAAUGUAAAUUUAUUUCUCACAUCCAAGGGUGUUUAAUACUUACAAAAAUAAAAUUAGGGAAUUAUAAUUGUC